AAAUCUGUUGGGGGAUGGCCGAUAUUGUGUGAGAUUUUGUGCAGAAAGAAGCAAUCUACCUAAACAGCCUGGUGUCUACACUGUGCCCUCACUAUUAGCACUGCUAUGGCUGAAUAUGCCUUGAAUAUUGGGGACGGGCCGCGUCCCGAGGACGUGGCCAUCAUCCGCGAGCUGUACCAGGGCAGCCAGGACCUGGAGCGCUUCGAGGUGGAGCUGGAGCGCGCGCUCGACGCCGGCUGUCGCACCAUCGUCAUCGAGCCCAGCCGGCUGGGCGAUGAGACGGCCAGAUGGAUCAGCGUCGGCAACUGCCUACACAAGACGGCCGUCCUCUCCGGCCUAGGCGCGGUUCUUUCCGGCGUGAUCUGGACUGAGCGGCCGGCGGUGGGCGUGCCGUGCGCCGGCCUCUCGCUGGUGUGCACCGCCCUCUACACCAUCAGCUGGCAGUUCGACCCCUGCUGCAAGUACCAGGUGGAGCGCGACGCCGCCCGGCUGCUCAAGCUGCCGCUGCACUCGCUCAGCUCCGGCUCGCCGGUGGUGCUGGUGCGCCGCGACGACGGCCGCCGCAAGCUGCUGCACUGCGCCGUGACGGCGCUGGCCGUCGCCUGCUGCGCCUGGGAGGGCCUGGCCAUCGACCUGUACCGCCAGCUGGCCAACGGCUCGCUCUCGGUCACCGAGUUCUACAACCGGACCACGCUGGAGAUACUGCCCGGCGGGCUGGAUCAGCCGCAUAUAGCCAACGGCCACGGCGGCAUCAGCGACGUACUCCUGCCGAGGCCGUUGGGCGUCUGGCGACGGCGCUUCUACCUGCAUCUAGGAGAGCAGCCGUGGCGGCCAAUGCGCUGUCUGACUUUCGAGCCGAACGCGACGCUGCACCGGAGCGGCCACAGCCCACUCUCGGUCCACCUGACACUGCCUGUGCCCGCCCUCUUCACCGGCAAUCGCGGCAAGGUGGCCUACCGUCUGUACGUGCACGGGCCGGAGGAGCCGAGCACCUGA